AUGAUCACCACUGCUCUCGCCACUCUCGCCAUUGGUGUUAGUCAGGUCGUCGCCCACGGCGGUGUGGUCAGCUACUCCAUCGGCGGCACUACGUACAAUGGCUUCUUGGCGUACAACACCCCCACGGGUCAGACCAGCAUCCAGCGCGAAUGGGACACUUACAACCCGAUCACGGACCCCACCGACUCCAGCCUCGCUUGCAACGCCAACGGUGCCAACCUCGGCUCUGGCCAGCAGUCCGCCACGGUCCCGGCGGGCUCGGAUGUUGUCGCGUACUGGAACAACCCGUGGCCGCAUACCAUCGGCCCCGUCAUGGUCUACAUGGCCUCAUGCGGCGGCUCUUGCACGGACGCUGACCCGACGUCCCUUGAAUGGUUCAAGAUCGACGAGGCCGGCCUCAUCUCUGGGGACCUCCCGACUGGUCUUUGGGGCAUGAGCGAACUCGUCAACGACAACAGCAGCUGGACUACCACCAUUCCCGCGUCCCUUGCUCCGGGCGAGUACUUCAUCCGCCACGAGCUGCUUGCCAUCCACACCUCGGACCAGCCGCAAUUCUACCCUGAGUGCGCCCAGCUGAUCCUUACUGGUUCUGGCUCCGCGACUCCUAGUGGCGACUACCUGGUCAAGUUCCCCGGCGCGUACUCGAUGUCAGACCCUGGUGUUGGCAUCGACGUUUACUCGCAGCCGGGUGUCACCAACUACACGAUCCCCGGACCCGCUGUGUGGCAGGGAUGA